AUGCUGCGGAUGAAGCAUGACUUGGGAAGGAGGAAGAAACUUAUCUCUAACGGACAGAACGGGGAGAUAGCUAAAGACUCGUCAGUAGGCUCGGGGGCGGCCGGUGUCGCUUCCGUUGUGGCGGGUACUAGCGGAGCAGCGGAAGCUGCGGAAGCCGCUGCGAUGACAGUAGGCGGAUCGCUAGGGGCAGGGGACGCAGACUCAGACACAACAUUUUUGGCAUUUACAAUGAUCUUCAACAAGCUGAAAAACCCUAGCGCACAAGAACGCAGUACGGCGUCCUUUGAACUCAAGAACAGUCUGGUGUCGCUGGCGCGUGAAGUCUCAACAGAGCAGUUUCAACGAUUCAGCAAUGACAUUAACAACAAAAUCUUCGAACUGAUUCACGGUACGACAUCCUUCGAGAAAUUGGGUGGCGUGCUAGCCGUUGACACCCUGAUCGAAUUCUAUGCACAGUCAGAUGAACUGCCUAACCAGACAUCGAGGCUUGCUAACUACCUUCGCGUUUUAGUUCCUUCAAACGACGUAGAGGUAAUGCGUGCCGCUGCUGCAACUUUGGGAAAGCUUGCAAUCCCUGGCGGUACCCUCACGUCAGAUUUUGUCGAUUUUGAGGUCAAAACUUGCAUCGAGUGGCUGACUACGUCGCCAGAAAACUCUUCAUCUAACUUUAAGCAAGAGCUCCGCAAGCAUGCUUCCUUGCUCAUCAUUACGGCCAUUGCCGAUAACUCGCCAUACCUGCUGUACCCUUACAUUAACUCUAUUUUAGACAACAUAUGGAGAGCCCUUAGGGAUACGAAGCUCGCUAUCCGCGUUGACGCAGCUCAAACACUCUACAAAUGCAUGGCAAUAAUUCAGGAAAGAGACUCUAAGCUGACUAAAAAAUGGUUCCAGAGGCUAUUCGAAGGAUGCGCGUACGGUCUGCAGCUGAACGGAAAUGAAGCAAUUCACGCGACUUUGUUGGUAUAUCGGCAGCUGCUUUCUCUGCAAGGGAGCCACCUGCAAGAACAAUUUGAUGAAAUGUAUGAGAUGACAAUGCGGUAUAAGGACCACAAGUACAACGUUAUACGCAAGGAAAUUUACGCAAUACUGCCGCUUUUAGCUUCUGCAGAUCCUCAAUUGUUCACUGACAAGUACCUGGAUCACGUAAUGAUUCAUUACCUCACGCUUUUGAAAAAUAUGCAUGCUUCCCCUACAAACAAUUCGGACCGGGCUGCAAUAUCAGUCUCAAUAGGCGACAUCGCACAACAGGUUGGCUCUAAUAUAGCCCCAUACAUGGACUCGAUUUUAGAUAACGUGAGGGACGGUUUAAUGACUAAGUUCAAGCUACGCAAGGAAUUUGAAAAAGAGCUGUUCUACUGCGUCGCAAAGCUAGCUUGCGCAGUUGGGCCAGUUCUAGCAAAAUACUUGAACCGUGACCUUCUCGAUCUGAUGCUGGCAUGCCCCUUGUCUGACCAUAUGCAAACAACAUUCUCCACAAUUAUUGAGAAAAUUCCAGCUUUAUGCCCCACGAUCAACGAAAAGGUCUUGGACAUGAUCUGUCUCGCGUUGUCUGGCGAAAAGUUCAGCCCUCCUGGUGCGCCUGUACCCUUAAAACCACUCUCACCGGAGAAGGCUAGACAUUACCGGGAUCACUUGAUAUUCAAAAAGACAGGUGAGCUGAAUGACGACAGUUUGGAUGUCCACUAUUUGAACCAAGCUUUGACAAUGCUGCACAAGAUAAAUUAUAGAUAUUCUCUUGUGGAACUCGUAAGGUUAAUCACGAUAUCGUACAUCGAACACGAGAACCCGCAAGUUAGAAAACUCGCAGCCCUGACAUCAUGCGAUUUGUUUGUGAAAGAUUCAAUCUGCAAACAGACUUCGCUGCGAGCUCUCAACACAGUUUCCGAGGUUCUGAGUAAGCUGCUAACUGUCGCCAUAACAGAUCCAGUUGUUGAAAUUAGGUUUGAAGUUUUGAGACAUCUUGACGCCAGUUUUGAUCCUCAGCUUUCACAACCAGACAAUGUUCGGUUGCUAUUUAUGGCCCUGAAUGAUGAAGUCUUUGCAAUCCAGAUGGAGGCGAUGAAAAUAAUUGGUCGUCUCUCGAUAGUCAACCCUGCUUACGUUAUACCAUCGUUAAGGAAAACGUUGCUACAGCUUUUGAGCCAGCUGAGUCAUUCUAAUAUGUCUAGGAAGAAAGAAGAAAGUGCUUCCCUUAUUAGCAAUUUGAUAAGCUCCAGCAAGGACAUCACAAAACCGUACAUUGAGCCAAUCCUUGAUGUUUUGUUACCCAAAUGCAAAGACGCAUCCUCGGCCGUAGCCUCCACUGCCCUGAGGGCUGUUGGAGAACUUGCCGUCGUCGGAGGGGAAGAGAUGACUCUUUUCUUGGACCAAUUGAUGCCGCUCAUAAUUGACACCUUUCAAGAUCAAUCAAACUCUUUCAAACGUGAUGCGGCUUUAAAAACGCUUGGUCAGCUGUCAGCGUCUUCGGGUUAUGUUAUCAAGCCGUUGCUGGACUACCCUCAGCUAUUGGGCGUUUUGAUAAGCAUUCUAAAAUCAGAAAGUUCACAAAAUAUCAGACGCGAGACAGUCCGCUUAAUCGGGAUUUUAGGAGCGCUUGAUCCAUAUAAGCAGAGAGAAGUUGAAAGAACAUCGAACACGAACAUAACAGCAGAGCAAAAUGCGCCGCGUAUCGACGUUGCUCUUCUCAUGCAAGGCAUGUCGCCUUCCAACGACGAAUAUUAUCCUACAGUGGUAAUAGCAACUCUAAUGAAAAUCCUCAAAGACCCCUCACUGUCUUCUCAUCACACAUCUGCCAUCCAAGCAAUAAUGCACAUUUUCCAGACCUUGGGCGUGCGCUGCGUCUCCUUUUUGAAGCAGAUUAUCCCUGGGAUAAUUAACGUCAUGCGGACGUGCCCACCAUCCUUGUUGGAAUUCUACUUUCAGCAGCUGGGAAUCCUAAUUUCGAUUGUGAAUCAGCACAUAAGGCCGUUCGUGGCCGAGAUUUUUGAAGUGGUGAAGGAGUUCUUUCCUAUCGUCAAACUGCAGAUAACUAUAAUAUCUGUGAUUGAGUCAUUCUCCAAGGCUUUGAAUGGCGAAUUCAAGCUGUUUCUUCCUACUACUCUUACCCUGUUUUUGGACGUACUUGAGAAAGACAAGUCCAGUAGGAAAUCUGUCUCUGUGAGAAUUUUGAAGUCUCUUGUUGUCUUCGAUUCAAAUCUCGAAGAGUUCUCUCACCUGGUUAUUCCAACAAUAGUUAGGAUCGCAGAGUAUGGUGCCGGUUCGUUGAAUAGAGUCGCAAUAAUAACCCUUGGAAGGCUCGCAAAAACCGUUAACCUUUCAGAAAUGUCAUCCCGAAUUGUACAAGCUCUCAUACGUGUGCUAAAUUCUGGGAAUGCGGACCUGAUAAAGGCGACUAUGAAUACUUUGAGCUUACUGCUUCUUCAGAUGGAUGUUGAUUUUGCAGUUUUUAUUCCAAUAAUUAACAAGACUUUAGUCAAAAAUCAAAUUCAGCAUACAGUGUAUGAUCAGCUGGUUAACAAGCUUUUGAACCAUGAAGCACUGCCAACAAACAUAAUCAUAGAUCGAGACUUUGACGUUGUCAGUAAAGAAAUCGCAGAAAUUGAAUUGCCCUCCAAAAAGCUGCCUGUUAAUCAGCUGGUAUUGAAAAAUGCUUGGGACUGUAGUCAACAAAGAACUAAAGAAGACUGGCAAGAAUGGAUUCGCCGUUUGGCUGUUCAACUCCUUAAGGAGUCGCCUUCGCAUGCGCUAAGAGCAUGCUCAGGUUUGGCAGGAAUAUAUUACCCCUUAGCUCGCGAGCUCUUCAACGCUUCUUUUGCAAGUUGUUGGACUGAGCUAUACACUCAGUAUCAAGAAGAUCUGGUGUCGUCUCUCUGCAUGGCGCUUUCUUCUCCCAACAACCCUCCUGAAAUCCAUCAGACUCUUUUGAACCUUGUGGAAUUUAUGGAACAUGAUGAUAAGUCCCUUCCAAUUCCUGUCCCAACUUUGGGCGAAUAUGCCCAAAAGUGCCAUGCAUACGCAAAGUCCUUGCAUUACAAGGAGCUGGCCUUCAUUCAGGAACCUAGCACUUCAACUAUUGAGUCAUUGAUAAGCAUAAACAAUCAGUUGCAUCAAACAGACGCCGCCAUUGGCAUUUUGAAACACGCUCAACAGCAUCACGACCUUCAGUUGAAAGAAACAUGGUACGAAAAACUUCAAAGAUGGGAAGACGCACUGAACGCUUACAAUCAACGUGAACUCGCUGGCGAGGAUUCUAUCGAGGUUAGAAUGGGUAAAAUGAGAUCUUUACACGCCCUGGGUGAGUGGGACCGUUUAUCAGAGAUGGCCGCAGAAAAAUGGAGUACAUCGAGCAUGGAAGUUAAGAGGAUCAUUGCCCCUCUUGCUGCAGGUGCCGACUGGGGCCUUGGUCAGUGGGAUAGAAUUGGUCAAUAUAUUGAUGCUAUGAAAAGUCACUCACCAGACAAAGCAUUUUUCGAUGCAAUUCUGUGCUCUCAUCGGAACAAUUUUGAUGAAGCCGAAAAGCACAUAUUUGAAGCUCGAGACCUAUUGGUCACCGAAAUAUCGGCGUUAGUAAAUGAAAGCUAUAACAGAGCUUACAGUGUAAUUGUUCGAGCGCAAAUGAUAUCAGAGCUAGGGGAAAUUAUUGAAUAUAAAAAACUACCACCUGCUUCUGAAAAGCGUGCGGCUAUCAGAAAGACGUGGAACAAAAGACUACUCGGCUGUCAGAAAAAUGUUGAUGUCUGGCAGAGGAUUUUGCGAGUGCGCUCCCUUGUGGUGAAACCUAAACAGGAUAUGCAAGUCUGGAUCAAGUUUGCCAAUUUGUGCAGGAAGUCGGGAAGAAUGGGGCUGGCCCAAAAAGCCCUCAACUCCCUCUUGGAAGAUGGCGGCGACCCUGAUCAUCCCAAUACUGCGAGAGCCCCCCCUCCCGUUGUAUACGCGCAGUUGAAGUACAUGUGGGCCACCGGUUCUCAAAAAGAAGCUUUGCGGCACCUUAUCAGCUUCACGUCAAGAGUUGCACACGAUCUUGGUCUCGAUCCAAGCAACAUGAUAGCCCAGAGCGUACCACAAAAUAGCACAAUUCCGGCUCAUCACAUCGAGGAGUAUACUAAGCUUCUUGCACGGUGCUUCUUAAAGCAAGGUGAAUGGAGAGUAUCGCUUCAAACCAAUUGGCGCAUGGAAAACCCUGAUGCAAUUUUAGGCUCCUAUCUGUUGGCUACACACUUUGAUAACAGAUGGUACAAGGCAUGGCAUAAUUGGGCCCUGGCAAAUUUCGAUGUCAUAUCAAUAUCAUCAAGAGGAAAUGACGACAAAAUGCUACAAAAUGGAACAGGCGAAUUCGGUAUGAAUGACAGCGCUUUACAAGAACCCGAAAGCUCAUUGGAAGUGGAAAAUGAUGGAAAUACGCUGAACAAAACCUUAUUUCCUCCUGAACUGGUUCAAAGGCACGUUGUGCCGGCUAUCAAAGGAUUUUUUCAUUCAAUCCUUCUCUCAGAGUCAAACUCUCUACAAGAUACACUAAGGCUACUGACAUUGUGGUUCAAGUUUGGUGGUAUCCCAGAGGCAGCGCAGGCUAUGCACGAAGGUUUUAAUCUCAUCAAAAUUGACAACUGGUUAGAUGUUGUUCCUCAAUUAAUCACGCGUAUUCACCAACCAAACCAAACUGUUAGCAUGUCCUUACUUUCGUUACUUUCUGACUUAGGUAAAGCACAUCCUCAAGCACUGGUCUAUCCGCUAACGGUCGCUAUCAAGUCCGAGUCGGUCUCAAGACAAAAGGCAGCUUUAUCAAUCAUAGCAAAAAUGAGGAUCCAUAGUUCGAUUUUGGUUGACCAUGCGGAAAUUGUCAGUCAUGAGCUGAUUCGUGUUGCUGUGUUGUGGCACGAGCUAUGGUAUGAAGGUUUGGAAGACGCAAGCAGACAAUUUUUUGGUGAGCACAAUACUGAAAGGAUGUUCGCAACACUUGAGCCCUUGCAUGAAAUGCUAAAGAGAGGACCGGCUACUUUGCGUGAAAUUUCAUUCCAAAACUCUUUUGGAAGGGACUUGAAUGACGCAUAUGAGUGGGUAAUGAACUACAAGCGCAAUAAGGAUAUCACAAACCUGAACCAAGCUUGGGACAUAUAUUACAACGUGUUCCGUAGAAUCAGCAGACAACUCCCCCAGUUACAAACCUUGGAACUGCAACACGUUUCUCCCAAACUGCUUGCCGCUCAUGACCUCAGUUUAGCGGUUCCGGGGACGUACCAGGCUGGAAAGCCGAUAGUGCGCAUCUCUUACUUUGAACCUGUAUUUUAUGUGAUUUCGUCUAAACAAAGACCAAGACGUUUAUCUGUAAAGGGCAGUGACGGAAAAGACUACCAGUACUUAUUGAAAGGCCAUGAAGACAUUCGGCAAGAUAAUCUUGUUAUGCAGCUCUUUGGACUGGUUAACACACUGCUACAAAACGAUCCCGAGUGUUUCCAGAGGCACCUGGAUAUCCAGAGAUACUCUGCCAUCCCACUGUCACCAAAAUCUGGUUUAUUGGGCUGGGUUAAUAACAGCGAUACAUUCCACGUUUUGAUCAGGGAACACCGUGAGGCCAGGAAAAUACCCCUCAAUAUAGAGCACAGGAUAAUGCUGCAAAUGGCUCCAGAUUACGACAACCUCACGCUUCUACAGAAGAUUGAAGUCUUCACGUAUGCGCUGGAUAACACUCGAGGCCAGGACUUAUACAAAGUUUUGUGGUUAAAGAGUAGGUCGUCCGAAUCUUGGCUAGAACGCCGUACUACCUACACAAGAUCGCUUGCAGUGAUGUCAAUGGUCGGAUACAUUUUGGGACUGGGUGAUCGACACCCAAGCAACUUGAUGUUGGACCGCAUCACUGGAAAAGUUGUGCAUAUAGACUUUGGUGACUGUUUUGAGGCUGCUAUACUAAGAGAAAAGUACCCAGAAAAGGUCCCUUUCAGGCUCACCAGGAUGCUCACAUACGCAAUGGAAGUUAGUGGCAUUGAGGGAAGCUUCCGCAUAACUUGCGAAAACGUUAUGCGGGUUUUAAGAGACAACAAGGAGUCGCUAAUGGCUAUUUUAGAAGCGUUCGCCUAUGAUCCAUUGAUCAACUGGGGUUUUGAUUUACCCACCCAGACAAUCGCAGAGCAAACAGGUACUGAAUUGCCUUUGGCGAACCCUAGCGAGCUCUUAAGAAAGGGUACGAUUUCGAUUGAGGAAGCCGCAAAAAUGGAGAUUCGGCAAAAGGCGGAGAUCAGGAAUGCCAGAGCUAUGUUGGUUCUCAAGAGAAUCACGGAUAAGCUAACCGGAAACGAUUUCCGCAGGUUCCGUAGUUUGGAUGUUCCAGAUCAAGUUGAAAAGCUAAUUCAGCAGGCAACUUCUGUUGAAAACCUUUGCCAACACUACAUCGGGUGGUGCUCAUUCUGGUGA